AUGGCUAUUUCCGCAUCGAAGGCUAAGAGAGAGGCCAAGAAGGCUGCUUCUGGUAAGAAGGUGAAGAAGGAUAAGUCUGCUCCAUCUGAGGAGGCGACGAGUGAGGAGCUGCAAAAGUUGAAGCUGCAACAGGAUAAGCACGGUUUGUCUGACAGAGUGACGACCGGUGUUUUGGACUCCUUGGUUACGUCUCGUGAUGUUAAGAUCUCGUCGGUGUCGCUUUUGUUCCACGGUAAGGUUCUGAUCCAGGACUCCACGCUGGAGCUCAACUACGGCCGUCGUUAUGGUUUGCUUGGUGAGAACGGAUGUGGUAAGUCCACUUUCCUCAAUGCUCUCGCAGCAAGAGAGUACCCAAUUCCAGAGAACAUCGAUAUCUACUUGUUGAACGAGCCUGCGGAGCCAAGUGAGUUCUCUGCGUUGGAGUAUGUUGUCCGUGAGGCCGAGCACGAGUUGAAGAGAUUGGAGGACCUUGUUGAACAGAUCAUUGAGGAAGAGGGCCCUGAGUCCCCAGUCUUGGAGGGUUUGUACGAAAAGAUUGACUCCAUGGACCCAGCUACCUUUGAAUCGAGAGCUGCUAUCAUCUUGACCGGUUUGGGUUUCAACAAGGACACUAUCCAGAAGAAGACCAAGGACAUGUCUGGUGGUUGGAAGAUGCGUGUUGCAUUGGCAAAGGCUCUUUUCGUUAAACCAACUUUGCUUUUACUCGAUGACCCAACUGCCCAUUUGGACUUGGAGGCCUGUGUCUGGUUAGAAGAGUACUUGAAGAGAUUUGACCGUAUCUUGGUUUUGGUUUCCCACUCCCAAGAUUUCCUCAACGGUGUCUGUACAAACAUGAUCGACAUGAGAUUACAGAAGUUGACACAGUACGGUGGUAAUUAUGACUCUUAUGAGAAGACAAGAGCCGAAUUGGAGACAAACCAGAUGAAAUCUUAUAACAAACAACAGGAAGAAAUUGCUCAUAUCAAGAAGUUCAUCGCUUCCGCAGGUACAUAUGCCAACCUGGUUCGUCAGGCAAAGUCCAGACAGAAAAUCUUGGAUAAGAUGGAGGCUGACGGUUUAAUCGAGAAAGUUGUUCCUGACAAAGUCUUCACGUUUAGAUUCUCCGAGGUUGAAAAGCUGCCUCCUCCAGUAUUGUCCUUUGACGACAUCUCCUUUGCCUAUGACGGCAAGCCAGAGCACAACUUGUACGAGCAUUUGAGUUUUGGUGUUGAUAUGGAUUCAAGAAUUGCCCUUGUUGGGCCAAAUGGUGUUGGUAAAUCUACUCUUUUGAAGAUUAUGACUGGUGAAUUGCAAGCCCAAUCCGGUCGUGUGUCUCGUCAUACCCAUAUCAAGGUUGGUGUGUACUCGCAACACUCUGCUGAUCAGCUGGACUUGACCAAAUCUCCGCUGGAAUUCGUCCGUGAUAAGUUCUCAAGCGUCUCCCAAGAUUUGCAAUACUGGAGAGGCCAAUUGGGCCGUUACGGUCUCACCGGUGAGGGCCAAACUGCUCAGAUGGCUACGCUGUCGGAAGGUCAACGUUCCCGUGUCGUCUUCGCCCUCUUGGCCCUCGAGAAGCCAAACAUCUUGCUGUUGGACGAGCCUACUAACGGUUUGGACAUCCCAACCAUCGACUCCCUCGCUGAGGCCAUCAACUCCUUUGAAGGUGGUGUCUGUGUCGUGUCGCACGAUUUCCGUCUGCUGGACAAGAUCGCCAAGGACAUCUUCGUCGUUGAGAACAAGACCGCAACCAGAUGGAACGGUUCGAUCACCGACUACAAGAACAAGUUGGCGAAGAACGUUGUCUUGUGA